AUGACAACACCUCCAGGGUCUCCGGGAACUAGCCCGAACCCCAAUGCCUCAAAAGGCGGGUUUCCGCCUAACCCCCGCUCGAACGCGCCUGCGCAGCCCAAGCAGAAGCAGAAGGGCGUGGCGGACCACAAGGCGAUGGAGCUUGAAGAUGAGUUCAGAAUCAAGCAUCUUGGUGUAAUGGGUGUACUAGGAUGGAUACUACUUUUGCACAUGGCAGGUAUCUACCUGUUUACGAAAGGAUUCCUCCUCACGCGCAUGGUCCUAGAGAACAAAUCUUCUUGCGACGUACUGCCUUUCGAAGACAUUUUGGCCCAACCGCAGACAGCACCGGGAAACAAACAGGAGAAGGGCUGCUGGCAUGAGAAAACCUUUCACAAGGCCGUUGUCAUUAUCAUCGAUGCCCUCCGAUACGAUUUCACUGUGCCAUUCACCCCAGAGACCGAAGAAAAUGAAGCACACCUCUUCCACGACAACAUUCCCGUCCUCUACGAGACAGCCGUCAAAAACCCCUCCAACGCCUUCCUUCUCCCAUUCAUUGCGGACCCGCCCACAACCACCCUCAAUCGCCUGAAAGGCCUCACAACCGGAACCCUCCCCACCUUCCUCGAAGCAGGCUCCAACUUCGCCGGGACAGCCAUCGACGAGGACAACAUCGUCGCGCAGCUCCACAACGCCGGCAAGAACCUCGUCCACCUCGGCGAUGAUACAUGGCAAGCCCUAUUCCCGGGCUACUUUGACACCAACCUGACGCACGCGUACGACUCGUUCAACGUGUGGGACCUGCACACCGUCGACAACGGCGUAACAGAGCAUCUGUUCCCGCUGCUCCGCCCGGAAAACAGAAACAAGUGGGACGUUAUCUUCGGCCAUUACCUCGGCGUCGAUCAUGCAGGUCACAGAUACGGACCCAAUCACGCAGCCAUGGCAUCCAAGCUCCAGGAAAUGGACCGCGUCAUCCGUGAUAUUAUCGCCGCUCUCGACGACAAGACCCUGCUGGUCGUUAUGGGCGAUCACGGGAUGGACACGAAGGGGGACCAUGGCGGUGAAUCGGACGACGAAAUCGAGGCCGCGCUGUGGAUGUAUUCGAAGCGGGGAGUCUUCGGCCGAACCAGUAAAGAAACCGUUCUUCCUCCCCGGACCGCGCGCGAGAGAUUCGUUCCCCAGAUCGAUCUCGUGCCUACCCUGUCUCUGCUUCUUGGAAUGCCGAUUCCGUUCAAUAACCUCGGUUCGCCUAUCGAGGAGGCCUUUUCUGGUCCCAGGGGCGAUAAUUGGGGCAAUCUGGCUACGGUGAAUCGUCUUACUGCUGCCCAGGUGAAGAGGUAUCAGCAUCAGUAUGCGCUUGCUCGAGGCGCUGGCGAUGAUGAUGCGGCGCUGGCGCUUUGGACUGCCGCCGAGGAAGAGUGGGCCUCGAAGGGCUUCUUGAGGUCUACUGCUGCCCGUGCUAGCAAUGAGCUUUAUCGCAAGUACCAGCGUCAUACUCUGGAUAUCUGCCGUGCUGUGUGGGCGAGAUUCGAUGUCCCGAGUAUGGUCCAAGGCGUUGUGAUUCUCUUUGCCGGGAUCGUUUACUUGGUUGUUUACGCUCGCGGGCUGAAGACGGAUCGCACCCAGCUCACGGCUAGCCUGCUCCAGUAUGCUGGUGUUGGAGCUGGCGUGGGUGCCGUGGCAGGCGCCGCAUUUGGUCUGACUGGAUUGACUGAGAUUGGCGUUUUCGAUGCGCUUGUCCUCGUCGCUGCCGCUGGAAGUAUCCUCGGGGCUCUGCCGGCUAUUGUGAAGAAACCUGCUGGCUUGAGCUUGCCGCUUCCCAAUGGUAUGUGGGGAUGGCUUGGUUUCUUCUUCACUGUGUCGCAGUCUGUUGGAUUUGCGUCAAACUCAUACACGAUCUGGGAAGAUGAGAUUCUUCUGUUUUUCCUCACUACAUUUGGCGUGUGCGCGGGUAUCUCGUCCAUGCGACAGAAGCAGAACACAGACCGCAUUCUCGGCGUGUAUCACUCUAUUCUCUUCGUGAUUUUGGGCCGUGUUGCGUCUUUCUCCCGCCUCUGCCGUGAAGAACAGAUGCCUUUCUGCCGCUCCACGUACUACGCAUCGUCGACCUCUUCCAUUUCUGCCCCUUGGCAGCUCGCCAUUCCCUUCUUGGUGACUGUCUUCCUGCCCAGCGUUGUACGCUCCUUCUACGCAGGCUCGAAGUCUUACGAAGGUGCCGCCUCGCUUUGGAUUGGCACGGCCUUCCGCUUUGGUCUCUUUGUCACCUCACUCUUCUGGAUGCUCGAAGGCGCCGACGACGGCGAAUGGCUGCCAAUCAGCAGCGAGACCCUCAAAUCCCUUCGCGUCUUCCUAGCCCAGUUUGUCCUCGCCCUAGCAUUCGCAGCGGGAACAGGUGCCUACCUGUACUCAAAGCCGUGUGUCAGCGUCAAUGUCACCAAAGAAGCCGAAGACCCGGACGCCCCGCCGGCGCCCUUCAUCGCAGGCCAACACACCGGCCCACGAACCACAGUCACAAUCCUCGGCUUUGGCAACGUCUACGGAACCCGCUUCUUCUUCCUAGUCAUUAACUUCGCCCUCGCCACCAUCCUCAUGCAAAAGCCAAUGGGCCAAGGUGCAAUCGCCCUCCUCCUCUGGCAAAUCCUCUCCCUCCUCGAAAUCCUCGACACAAACAACCUAACAAUGUCCAACUCCUCCAUCGGCCCCGUCAUCCUCGGCGUCCUAGGCUCCUUCUAUUACUUCAAAACAGGCCACCAGGCAACCCUCUCCAGCAUUCAAUGGGAAACAGCCUUCAUCCCCCUCUCAACAAUCAAAUACCCCUGGUCCCCGCUGCUCGUCAUCCUCAACACCUUCGGCGCCCAGAUCCUAGCCGCCAUCGCCGUCCCCCUCACCGUCCUCUGGAAACGGCCCCUCCAGACCCACGACCGCGUCUCGCCUUCAAACCCAAACAAGAACCCCACCACCCGCAUCCUCUCGGAUGUCAUCCAGGCCGCCUCAACCCACAUCCUCUACCUGGCAACCAUCAACCUUGCCACAACAAUGUGGGCCGGCCACCUGCGCCGCCAUCUCAUGCUCUACCGGAUCUUCAGUCCGCGCUUCAUGAUGGGCGCCGCCGUGCUAGCCGUCGUCGAUGUCGUCUUGAUGCUCGUUGCUGUGGGUGGUGUGCGCUGGAGCACAUUGAGCGUCGGUGAGGUGUUUGGGUGGUGA